AUGAAAAGUUUAAAUUACCGAUUUCCUCAUUCAAGACAAGAUUCUGGAUAAAUGAAUAUAACUAGAUCAUAACUACAAUAAGGUUAAUAAGUGAUUAACGUGUUAAACAAGUAAAGAAGUUAUGUAAAUCAAAAGCCGCUAAAAUGAAUAAAAUUGUGAUAGAUCACCCGCUCCAGUGGUACAUGGCUUACAAAAAUUUGCAGUACCAUCUAGCUAAUAAUCAUCAGCAAAUCAUUCAAAGAAGUCUUCGAUAUCAAAAUAAUAAUAGCCAAAAUAAAUUGCAUUUGUUAACUACUUGAUUCUUAAAGAUAAAUCAUAACUUAUUGAGGAUGAAGAAAAAGAAAGUUAAGCUCUAUUUUGUUAUUUUUAGAUAUUAAUGAGCCAAUCGUAUAAAAGAAUAUGUUUAAUUUUUAAUUUGUUAUUGGUAUCGGUGGAUUUGGUAAAGUUUGGAAGGUAGAAUAUAAAAAAACUGGUUAAAUAUAUGCAAUGAAAGAAAUGUCAAAAGCUUUGUAUUUUAUUUGGUUACAUUUUUAGAAUUAUUGCAAAAAAAAGUGUUAAUUCAGUUAUGAAUGAAAGAAACAUAUUGAGUAAUCUAAAGCAUCCGUAAUUAUUUAAUCAAAUAUAGAUUUUUAGUUAAUAUAUAUUAUGCAUUUUAAGACCGUGAAAAUCUUUUCUUGGUUUUAGAUUAUAUGCAAGGAGGAGACCUAAGAUAUCAUAUUGGUAAAAUGAGAAGAUUUUCAGAAGAUCAAACAAGUAUAAAUUUGUUUGAAAUUAUAGGAUUUUUUAUGGCUUGCAUAUUUUUAGGAUUAGAAUACAUGCAUUCUAAGAAUAGUCUUCAUAGAGACAUUAAACCAGAAAAUUUAGUGUUAGAUAAAAAUGGUAUCUAUUAAAAAGAAGAUUUAGGUUAUGUCAGAAUAACUGAUCUUGGAAUAGCUAGAAAUUUAAGGCCUGAUAAUUCAUUGGAUACUUCAGGAACACCUGGAUAUAUGGGUAUUAUUAUUAUCUAUAUUAUUAGCACCUGAAGUAAUGUGUAGAUAGAAUCACUCUUUUGCUGUAGAUUACUUCGCUUUGGGAGUGAUUGGAUAUGAAUUUAUGUUAGGAAAAGUAAACUAUUUUUAAUAAAUAAAUUAGAGACCUUAUACUGGUCGAACAAGAAAAGAGAUUAGAGAUUAAAUUUUAGCAAAAUAAGUUUAAAUAAAAAGAUCUGAGAUACCUGAUAAUUGGUCAUUAGAAUCAGCAGAUUUUAUAAAUAGAGUAUAAUUAAUUAUAUGAUUAAAAGCUAAUACAAAGAAAGCCUGCAAAUCGAUUAGGAUUUAAUGGUCCUCAUGAAUUGAGAUAGCAUUCCUGGUUUAAAAAUUUUCCAUGGUAAAAAUUAAUGAAUAAAGAAUUGAAAUCUCCAUAUAUUCCUAAUGUAUUCAAUCUAAGUAUAUUAGUAAAACGAAGAUAAUUUUGAUGCUAGAUAAAUAUCAAUGGAAGAUGAAGAAAAUAAUGAGCUAAUUUAAUAAAAUUCAAUUGUACUAAGAAGAAAUUCUAUAUAAUGUAUAAUUUUAUAUCUAAAUUAGCUUAAUUUUCUGGAUAUGAAAUGGAUAAUUUUAGUGAAAAACAAAAUACAUAGUUUAAUAAUUUUUGA